AUGAUCAUUCUUGAGCACCUUCAAUACCCUCUCCGUAAAAGGCUCAGGGACCUGCAGGAGGCUAACCUGGUUACACCAACUGAAGAUGUACUCCGCUGGGCGUGUCAAAUAGCUCAAGGCUUACAGCAUGCCCACGCGCGCGGAGUUUUACAAGUUGAUAUCGGCCCUCACAAUAUACUGCUAGAUGGGCAUGGGAAUGUGAAGUUAGCCGACUUCGCCGGAUCAUCCAUUGAUGGCUCAUCACCCAGCAUAGCUAGCAGCACACGAGCUGAACAUCCAAGAUUUCCAUCAUCGAUGCCCUCUCUACAAACAGAGGUUUUUGCUCUCGGCUCUGCGUUCUAUGAACUAGAAACGACUCGCAAGCCUUUCCAUGAUAAAAUGGACCACGAGGUUGAGAAACUAUCUGGUGCAGGGAACUUUCCAGACACCAGCAGCCUUGAACUAGGCCGGGUAAUCUCUGCUUGCUGGAUGAUGGAAUACCAAGACGUUGGCGACGUGUUGAGAGACAUUGAACUUAUUCAGAAGGAAAAAGUUCGGACAGAAAUCCGUCGUGGAUGA